ACAUCAGAGGACUCACACAGGAGAGAAACCGUUCUCAUGUUCUGAAUGUGGAAAAUGUUUUGGGCAAUAUUCAACUCUUGUCGGUCAUCAUAAAACUCACACAGGAGAGAAACCGUUCUCAUGUUCUGAAUGUGGAAAAUGUUUUGUCACCAAGGCGCAGCUUGUUCGUUGUCAGAGAACUCACACAGGAGAGAAGCCUUUCUUAUGUAGUAUAUGUGGGAAAUGUUUUGCUA